AGGGGCGGGCGGUGGGCGGUGCAGAGCGUGGGGCGCCUGCCUGCGGCGGGAGCUGUCCCUGAGACCUAGUGCUGAAGUAGGAGCGGACGUGCCUGGGUGCCCGCCGCGUGGUAACCGGCGCCCGGUGCCCGGGUCAGCGAAGACCAUGGCGUUCAUGGUGAAGACCAUGGUGGGCGGCCAGCUGAAGAACCUCACUGGAAGCCUGGGGGGCGGCGAGGACAAGGGGGACGGGGACAAGUCGGCCGCCGAAGCGCAGGGCAUGAGCCGAGAGGAGUAUGAGGAGUAUCAGAAGCAACUGGUGGAAGAGAAGAUGGAGCGGGACGCGCAGUUCACGCAAAGGAAGGCAGAGCGGGCCACGCUGCGGAGCCACUUCCGAGACAAAUACCGGCUGCCCAAGAACGAGACAGACGAGAGCCAGAUCCAGAUGGCAGGUGGAGAUGUGGAGCUGCCCCGGGAGCUGGCCAAGAUGAUUGAGGAGGACACAGAGGAGGAGGAGGAAAGGGCCUCGGUCCUUGGGCAGCUGGCCAGCCUCCCUGGCUUGGACCUCGGCUCACUCAAGGACAAGGCCCAGAGCACAUUGGGGGACCUCAAGCAAUCAGCUGAGAAGUGCCACAUCAUGUGACUACUUCCCCUGGGGUUACCCACGGGGGUGACCAGAGGGCUGGGCCCACACAAGCGCUGAGAGCAUGUCUCAGCUUCCAGCGACCCAUAUCCCAUCUUGGCUUUGUCUCCCUGCCCCAGGCCAGCCCCAGGACCCUUCUCAUCCAGGGCUCCAGUCUGCCUUCUGCUCUUGCUCUGUCCACUGGGAGCAAAGUUCCCAUUCCUCACCCUACCCCUCAGGACCCACCAUCCCUACUCAGCCUGGGAAGGCCUCCCA